GUUCUGGAGGAAGUGGGCUUGGUUGUAGUUGUUUGGACCUUAGACUCGCUUGUAGCUUAUCACAUUUCAAGGCCUUUCUACAUAUCAUGUAGCAUUCCUCUGCCGGGACAGACUUGGAAUCUGGAUUUACGAAGACUGAGCUCCACGUCUUGACAAAGUUUUGCAGAAAUGUUCCUGUACUUUUUGGCACUUGUGGCUCUCUAUUAUGUAUACCGAUGGAUCAGAGAGAUACCCAGGGUCUCGGACAAGAGCAACAAGUAUGUGUAUAUCACCGGCUGUGACACUGGCUUUGGAAACCUUUUGGCACGGCAUCUGGACAAGAUGGGUUUCAGAGUGAUUGCAGGCUGUUACAGUGAGAAAGGAGAGGAAGAUCUGAAGAAGUCUUGCUCUGAAAGGUUAACUGCAGUGCACCUUGAUGUUGUAUCCAAAGAUAGUGUGGCCAAAGUGGCAACAUUGAUCAAGGACAAAGUAGGAGAGCGUGGCUUGUGGGCUGUGGUGAACAAUGCAGGUCUGGCUCUCCCCUCUGCCCCCUGCGAUUGGCUCACCAUAGAUGACUACAAAAACAUGUUGGACGUGAACUUGAAUGGGGUCAUAGCUGUGACCUUGAGUGUCUUACCACUGAUAAAGAAGGCCAGAGGAAGAGUGGUCAAUGUCGCUAGUGUAUUUGGAAGAAUCAGUGCGACAGGAGGUCCUUACCCUGUGUCGAAAUAUGGAGUGGAAGGAUUUAAUGACUCCCUCAGGCUUAACAUGCGCCGAUUUGGUGUCAGAGUCCUCUGCAUUGAGCCUGGCUUCUUCAAAACAAAUGUGACCAAUGCUGAUAUGAUUAUGAAGUCUGUGACGUCUCUGUGGGAAAACCUGCCCCAAGAGGUUAAAGAUGGCUAUGGAGCAAAUUAUAUAGACACUGUUCAAGAAAUACUCAGUAACCUGCCAAGGAUGAGUGAUGGUGAUCUGAUGAAGGUGGUCAACUGUAUGGAACAUGCCGUCUCCGCAGUCCGGCCCAGGACGCGCUAUUCUCCUGGCUGGGAUGCCAAGUUCUUCUGGCUGCCACUGUCAUACAUGCCAUCAUGGAUCUCAGAUUAUAUUCUGACAGCACAAAGUUGAAAGUGACAUUUUGCUUCCCUUUACUACAAAGUCAGUUUGAGCAUUCCUAUUCAAGUUUAUUGCAUGCCAUUUCAUGUAUGUAUGGUCUAGUAUUCACAUCUAUUUAGUGCUCCAAUAAAAGAACAAAUCCUCAGAAAGACUUGGCUUUUGCA